AUGUUGGUAGGUGAUACCGAGAAUGAUGUAGAUGAAAAUGUUUUCAGUAUAAAAAAUAAAUUCACCGAUAAGCUGGAUAAUUUGAAAGAUUUAUAUUCAAAAACUAUGAGUACCUUAGCAGAGGAUAAAAUUAAAUAUACCUUGGAUAUACAAAGUAUCGAGGAUCUAAGGCGAUCAAUAGGACUCCUUGAAAAUGAUAUGGAAGAAUUAAAUCUGGCGAACAUAGAAAAAAAAAAUAGAAUUUCUGUUUUGAUAAGAUUGAUAAAACAAUGCAAGGACAUUAUUCCGCAAAAAAAUAUUCAAAUUCUAAAUGUUAAGCAACAGAUGUCAUUACUAGUAAAAGAUUUGAAAGUGAUAAAGGAAGAUAUUAUUGUAUUGGAACAAACCACAGAACCAUUAGAAUUGGAGAUUCAAGAAAUGAAAAAUACGAAUGAUCAAAUAGACAUUAAGCUCGAAGUUGAUAUUGAAGCAUCAAAAACUUUAGAUAUAUCUUUGCAUACAUUAUCAAGUAAGGAAUUUUACACCAAAUUUCAACUAGAUAAAAAAAAACGACAUUUAGACAAAUUGACAAAUAUUAUCAAACAAAUGGAAACUGACAUACAAGAGGCUUUUUGGGAUUAUAAUAAUGCACAUGAAAACAAAAGAUUAAUAACUGAUUUAUUCGAGAAGUAUAUUAGCGAAACCGAGAUUCGUGAAAUCGAAGAAAAAGAAAUAAAAGGGAGAGAAGAAUUUACCAGGCAGGAUGAUUUUUUGAAACACCGCAUUGAUAGUUUGAAAGCUAUGUUAAACGCAUUUGGCAAGAAAACUGAAUUUUAUUAUUCAAUAAUGGAAGAAAACACGAAUCUCAUUAACGAAAUUAGUAAUCUACGGAAGGAAGCUAAUAUAUAUUUAAAAAAGUAC